CCCUCUUUAUCUCUCUCCCUAUCUGUUCUUCUUCUUUCAUGCCCUCCCUCUUGCGUUCACUCCCGACGCCAGCCUCGAUUUCUACCUCUACCCCCUUCUCUCUCAGUGGCUUCAAGUCGCAACCCUCCCACUCGCAAUGUAGGGUUUUCGAUUGUGAAUCACGAAACUAUGCUUCGAUUGGGUCACCGAAGGCUAAGGUUUCCACCACCACAGCCACCGUUAUCAUCAUCAACUUCCUCGAAUUCUACAUUGACGUCACCGCCUUCUCUUGCUCUCUCUGCUUCGAACCCCCAUGGGAGCUCUCUGUUGAGUAUCUUCAUUUCGAUAGAAGUGUCGGCAAGGUGGUUGUUUGCAUUGACCUGACUUUCAACCAACAAGUGGCAAAGUAUAGAGUAUGUGUGUGUUCAAAUUGUGAGAUGGGUUUUUAUAUUUGAUUAAACAACACUGGUUAUAGUUGAUCUCAAGCAUUGGCCAUUUGCUGAGGUAAUUUUUCUUUAUUGAUUGUAAUUUAUCUAUAUAGAUUUGGUUAAACAUCAAACACAUUCCCUUACAGUAGAUGAUUAGAAAACUGGUAGUUGAUUGUAAUUUAUCUAUAUAGAUUUGGUUUAAUGAUCAGAAAACUGGUAGUGUAGUAUGCUUAAUACAUAUAUGGUUGAAGAUCAUCUAGCAUGCUUAAUACAUCAUUGAGGGUUAUUCUUUUUUACUUUUUAAUCUGAAUGUUAUUCUCUGUUCCUUUUUUUCAUUACCAAGAUGAGUUUAAUUUGGUUGUUAAUUUAGAUUUUUUUUUUCCAUAUUUGUUGGUGCGCUUUUUUUAUUUUUAUUUUUUUGAAGUACAUUAGUUAAUGAUAGGGCUUUUUUUCUUUUUCUUUUUUUUUUUUUCCUUUGAUUUGAUGUCCAAGUCUGAAUUUAGGACUAAUUUGUUCUAUUUUUUUUUUUUAUAUUAAUACUAAUACAAUUUGUUAUUGAAGUGAUGAACAUGAGCAUGAAGAGAAGCCUAUGGAUCACCACUACAGGUGGUGAUGGUGUAGUUGGUGGUGGUGGUGGUGGUUUGUUGGUGAAGAAGAGAGGGAGGCCAAGAACGUAGGACUCAGAUGGUAACUUGAGACUACCAUUUAUAUCAUCGCCACCGCCAAGUUUUUCUUUCUCACCUCCUUUUUCUGAGUUCUCUUCUUCCAAAAAGGGUUAUGGCAGACCACCUAGUUCUGGUAACUGCCAGCUGCUUGCUUCUUUAGGUAAGUUCAAAUCAAGCCUUUAAAUCAACAUUUUCCCUUGAGAUUGAUAAUUUAGUUGUGUACAACCUUUUCCCUUGCUGCAAUUCAAGACUGACUCCAUCAAACACAUUGAAAACAGGAGGUAUGGUUUAACUUGAUUUUUAUUUUUUUUGAAGUACAUUAGUUAGUGUGAUUUGUAGGUUGUGGAUGAACUUUUAACGAGGUGGAAAGAGACUGCAUGGUGAGCUUUUUGAUAAGUGUAUAGGUAGUGUUAUUGCAUAUGGUUAAAUUGGAAUGUAAGUGUUUAUUCAUUCUCUUCAUGGGUUUUAGGUUCAUUGAAAGAGAUUUUGAUGCGUAUGUGGAAAGAAUUUGACAACCUUAUGUAUGGGGUGGCAUCCCAUGUUCUCAAGUGAGUUCUAUUCACUAUUUCAGUGAAGCAUUUAUGUUGUCAGUAUGAAGCAAUUUAUGUGCAAAAAACAAUAUCAUAGUGUUCAUCAACGUGUUUUUGCAUAUUGGCUCAUAUACAAUGAUAUUUGUCUAUUUAUUAGUUUGAUGGAAGGGUUUGUUUGCCUCAUCAAAGUGUUUUUAUAUUAAAUUGAUAAUCUAUAUAAUAAGACAGAAGGGUUGGGAUUACAAUUAUAUUCUAAUCACAAUAUUAUUUACAUCACUGCUCUCGAACUCGGCUC